AUGCAAAUGGUCCUAUGUACCUACGGCCUCUCCCGCUUCCUCCAAACACGACCGGAAAAGAGGAAGGGGCGCCUCCCGUACAUCCUCUUGAGUUUUGCCAUCUUGGCGUUGUCUGCGACGUCGGUGGGGAUAAGUCUGUGGCUGGGAUUUAGGGAUUUGUAUUAUUCGGCGCCGGGCGUGGAUUAUGUGAGGAUUAGGCAGAGGCUGCAUGAUGUGGAAAUGGGAAUCGCAUCUAUGGCGUCUAUGUAUGGGUAUGUGGUGUUGGGGGAUGGGUUGUUGGAGAAGGCACUUGGGUCUGUGCGAGAGAAUAGCGCUCGCAAGGAUGGCACAGACGUCUGA